AUGAAGGCAACGUUGGCACUCGUUCUACUCGCUACUAGCGGUGCGUUAGCACAACAAGUCAACUACGGCCAAUGUGGAGGUUCUGGAUACAGUGGCCCAACGACAUGCAAUUCUGGGUGGACAUGCGUCUAUUCCAAUGAAUGGUACUCGCAGUGUCUCCCCGGGACGGCCACGACCUCCAAAACAUCCAGCUCUAGCUCGCCUACUACGACGAAUCUCCCCGCCAAUCCGAACCCAAUGACUCUCACCGGCGCAUACACGGGAGUCCACGAUCCCUCGGCAAUGUGUCAGAGGUCAGAUGGGACGUGGUAUCUCUUUUCUACUGCCGUCGGCGUCGCAAUUAGGACGAGUAAAGAUAGAAUGUGUGUCACUUCUCGCUUUUCUAUUCAUAUUGGUGCUCAACUGGAAGUUUACAGCAACUGGACAAACGCAGGCGUCGUCUGGCCGAACGGCGCGCCUUGGACCAGGACCUAUACGGGUGAAGACAACGCAAACCUCUGGGCACCUGACUGUACCUUUGUCAACGGGCAAUUCUACUUGUACUACUCCGCUUCCACAUUUGGAUCGCGCAAUUCUGGCAUCUUCCUCGCCCGUUCGUCAACGGGGGUAUCGGGAUCUUGGACGAACGAUGGUCUUGUCUAUGGUUCGACGACGAGUAGCAGCUAUAAUGCUAUUGAUCCAGGCCUCAUCAUUGAUAACGGCCAGUGGUAUCUUGUCUUUGGAUCCUGGUCGUCGGGUAUCGCACUGCUCAGAUUGAACCCGUCGACCGGCAAGCCGUCCAGUACCUCCCUCACUGCCCUUGCAAGCCGAAGCAAUGGCAUCGAAGCUCCCGUCAUCAUCAAAGAGGGGUCCUAUUACUAUCUCUUCACUAGCUGGGAUACAUGCUGCGCUGGCUUGAGUAGCACGUAUAACAUUCGGGUCGGCAGGUCGAGCAGCAUCACGGGCACAUACGUCGACCAAGCGGGUGUCAGUCUCAAGAGCGGCGGAGGCACUCUCAUCCUUUCGACUCAUGGUAGCAUCGUCGGCCCAGGGGGUCAAUCUGUCUUCAAAACCGGAGGCGUCGUAUACUUGGUCUACCACUACUACACCUCUUCGGGAUUCAAUCUCGCGGUCAAUAAGCUCGACUUCUCGACCGGAUGGCCACGUCCGUAUUGA